CGAUUCCUACCAAAAGUGCAACGAGUAUCGUUUGGAACGGAUGUAUCGAAUCAGCAGCGCCGAUUGUCAGGUGAGAUGUGGUUCGUACGCCACGGCGGCUGCAGAAUACACACGCGCCGCUGAGUUGUUUGAAGUUGCCGAGGAUGAAACCACGGAAAUGAAGCGCGAGGUCGGACGAAAGUGCUUGUUGAACGCUGCCGAUGCCUGGCUCAACAUGGGCGAACCCGGGAAAGCUGCAAGUUCCAAGGUUGAUGCUGCACUGGCCUUGACAUGGGGUGACGAUUCGCAAGUGCUGCCUAAAAUGRCCUUGGCAGCCCUCGAAGAAUCCGUAGAAGCCCACGUCCCGGAUCCGUUGAAUCCGUACGCACGCUACCGUCAAACCGGAAUCUCCGCCUACAUCAACCCGGAUUCCGACGAGACUGUCGAGAAUCCAUCCGCACGAACAUUGGAAUUUGCAGAACAACACAUCGUUUCCAGACCGUACGCACACGAAUCUGUUCAGGAGGUGGUUUAUAUUCUUGUUUCAUUCGGUGAAUAUCCGUCAGCACUGUAUGCACAGGGGGCUGUAUCCACUAUUCUGGGUCGAGAUGGAAUCUCCUCGCUGACCUUGUCGAGAUCAUUUGUCGCAGAGACAAUUCUAACGCUGGCGAUGGGGGAUCCAAUCGCUGCCGAGCAAGAAUUUUUGAACCGUCACGUACAAAAAACAGCAUACUURUCCUCGAGAGAAUGCAAACUUGGGGAGGAACUCUUUCGAGCUGUGAAGAUGCGAGACGAGGAGGCCCUUGAGGAGACGAGAUCGACAGCGAUGAGUAACCGAGCCGCAAUCGGAAAUCUGCACGAAAGCUUGCGCGAUGUCUUGACAAUGAUCCGUAUCAGCGGAGUGGCGCGUAGGAAUGUAGAAUCUUCGUCGAAAAAGGAAUCCUCGUCGAAGCAUUCGAAGAAGAAGAGUACUUCAUCAAAAUCAUCGUCCUCUGGAUCGAAAAAGACAACGCCCUCGUUGGCAGAACUAUCAAACAUGAAAACUGGGUACGAGAAAGAUGUCGCUGCAGCCAAUGCUGUCGACUCGAAAGCUCUGCAAGACGAAAUGGACGCUCUCGAUUUUGGAGAUGACAGCGAAUCGGAUUUGGACGACGACGAGCUCGAUCUUCGCUAGACGCAUCAACUCUACGGUCGUGAAACUAGAUCGCGUUGUAGGUCGCUGUAUAAUAUUAUUACCAAUAAGAAGUAUCGGAUCGA